UUUCUCUUGUCAGUCUUUAUUUUUAAGUAACAUAGAGGCACCUUACUGUUCUCUUCUUACUGGCAGUUCAGCAGCCAACCCAGCUUUUCUAUGAGAUACUGUCACCAGGGAGUAUCUUGUGACAUUUUUCUGAGCUAACAUAAUGUGCUAAGUGGACUAUUGGUCAUAUGCACAAUAUUCAGCCUGCUCUAGUCCAAACCCUUUGUGGGCCAGAGAUCAGGUUGGUAAGUGAACUGGACCCAUAGUCUCUCAGUUUUUCAGACCCAUAACUCCUUCUAUUACAUAUUUUAGGUUAUCUGUAUUUAAUGGUUACUAAAUAUAAAAAUUGUUCUCCUGUCUUACCUUCUGAAACAUUCUUUUCUCAAUUUUUCCCCCAAACCUCAAGGUCAAAAGGUAGAAAAUGCACAGAAGUUGAGUUCUUCAGAACCCAGACCUACUCAAGAGAAUAAAGGAUAUAUGAAGAGAGAACAUGAAGGAAUAACAAUCUUAGUUCGGAGAAGCAGCAGCCCUGCUGAGCUGGAUUUGAAGGAUGAUUUGCACCAGACACAAGGAAAAUGGAGGGAGAGACAGAAGAGUGAGAGUACCAGCAGUGACCCAGCUUUGGGUUGUAAUAAUGAGGCUGAGCUCUCCAUGAGCCCAUGGCAAACCUGUGAGGAGGACCCAGAACUCAACACUCCCACAGAUGUUGUGGCUGACUCUGAUGCCCGCCAUUGGUUACAACUGAGUCCCACUGAUGUUUCAAACUUAACAGGUACCUGUGUGUUUGAAAAGAGACAUCACUGCAAACAAUUUCCCAGAGUUUUCUAGUUGCAAGAACUCUAGGGAUCCCUUAGCACAUGGUGAUGGGGGUGCCACCUUCAUCAAAUUGUUCAUGAUCAGACAUGAAUUCUUAGAGUCCUCUGUGAAACACUGGCCAGGUAUGGGGAGGAAGCUUGCCAUGCUGAUGACCAUUGUCCACUACAGGAGGAAGUGGUGGUGUUCAUGCCAAGACUUUUCCAUCCCUCAUAAGAUUUACUCUAGAGAAAGAGAAGAAUUAUUUUUCCGACAUACUUGUCUCAUAAAUUCAGGAUAAGUCAAGGAGUUUGGAUAGCUUACUGAUUGAUAUCUAAAAAUUUUUAUUGUAAGGUAUUUGAUAUUAUAUGACAUAAAUUGUGAGAUCUAUCUAUCAAUCAUCUAUCUAUCUAUCUAUGGAUUAUGGACCACAGUAAUAAAAUGAACACCAUUGACCUACUAUGCAACUUAAGAACCAGAAUAAAACCCAGACCAAUGAGGUUCCCAAAGGCCCUUUUCAAGCCCUUUACCUUCUCCCAGCAUCCUGAGACCCUAGCCCAAAUUUGGUUUUAUAAUAGUCUUAUUGAUUGCUUUUUACUAUACAUGUCUUUGUCCUCAAACAACAUGUCAUUUAGUUUUGUCCUCAAACAACAUGUCAUUUAGUUUUGUUUCUAAACUAAAAAAAUACCCUAUUUUAUUUUGUGCAACCUUUUUCUUCAGUAUUGUGUUUCUAAGAUUUCUGCAUUGACUACAGUAAACUUUCUGAGUUUACAUGCAGGUUCUGCCAAGGAAUUACUGAGUAACCUUGAGCUACUUGCCCAAUUCUGUCCUUCAAUUUCUUUAUAAAAAUGAUAAUACUUCCUACCUCAUAGGGUUACUGUAGGAAUAAAUGGUUGAAUACAUAAGUUUGGUGUGCAAGACAGUGGGAUCACUCUGCAGUUUUAAUUGUUUACAUAUGCAUGUGCUCAAACACAUAAACACACUGUAUGACCCUGAGUAAGUGAGCCUCACAAAGGCUUAGCUUCCUCACUCAUAUGACAGUGCUGAUGACAAUGACGACACCAAGGGAGAAUUGGAUUUUUGUUUUGCUUUGCUUUGAUAAGUAUUAACAUUGCUGAGUACUUUGAAGAAUUCAAUGUGUGAAGUUUUGUCUAGCCCCAAGACCCUCCUGCUCUGUCACAUUCAUACUUAGAUAACUUGUAUAUAAAAACAAAAGCAAUAAUAAAUUGAAAAGCACAGUAAGUAAAAAGUGUUUUUAA